AUGGUCUCGGGAAAGUACAGUAUCCCACGGGAAGGGAGCCGGGAAUCGAUUGGAUCCAAGUUUGAAAAGAUCUUCAAAAAGUCCAGAAGUAGUGAUGAUGCGGUGGAAGAGGUGUCAGAACAAUGUGAAUGUCGGUUUAUCACGGACAUUCGAGUUUGUCGUGAGUUUUGUUGAGUGCAAUAUAAUGGGUAGUGUAAUAUAAUUUUGGGUUUGUAAAGGUGUUUAUGUUACUCGGAUUGACUUCAAAUUUGGCAGAGAGCAUCUAGACAGCCUUAGUUUUUCAGGGAAAAAAUUUGGGGUCAUUUUUUAAAAUAAAGUCUAACCGAUUUUCAAAUUUUUUGGGUGAUAAAAAAUUUUUAAAACUGAAAAUUUUUGUGAAAAAGUCUGUCUAAAAAUAACGAAAAACAAGUUCAAAAAACUUAAUCUGAGCUCACGUCAAUCGACAAUUCAAACUUGCCAAUUUUUUCCAUCCAAAUCCGCACAGUGCGUAAAAAAGUCAUCAAAAAAUGAAAAAAAGUCUGAGUAAAUAGAAAUCCUAUAAAAUAUAAGUAAAACCCACUCCAGAUGAAAGUAAACGUCCUAAGCGAUGAGUAGUCUGGCCACACGUUACCCGUUCGGAACCCCCGCCAUCGGGAUUGCUGGCCAAUAGAUCUCGUCCCUUCUUUAUUCGCCGACUUUUUGGGAGAUUGAACAAACAAAGGUGGAAAGAGCUGGUGGGGGAUCGAAAGCGGGCGAAAGCAUCAUAACGCAGAGUAUAUUAUAGUGUUUUUAUUUCCUCGUUCUUGAUUACCCGCCUCGAUAUCCGAUCCCGACUUCAGCGGGCUGUUCAGUUUGAGAUUUAAUUUACUGCUCAUUUCGAGGCCACCUGAGGGCAAAUUGGGUUAUUUUUUGGGACGAUGCUGACUCAGUCGGUUGGAUCAUAGAGUUAAGUUUGUUUGUGGCCCCGAUUUGGAGUGUGACUUGACGGUUUUGGUCAGUUUUCGAAAUUUUAAGGGGAAUUUUUGAGGAAAAAUAUGACAAUUUGAUGUAGGGCUUCAAGUAUAAGAUACCGAACCAAAGGAAACUUUGCUUAAAAUAUGUUUAGAGCAUAUUGAAGCCAAAUAGACAUGUUUUGGAAUAUUUGAAGACAGUCUGAGCUUAGUAAAUGGGGGUAAAAACUUGAUUGAAAGAGAACAAAUUAAAAAUAGUUGAGCGUAUUUUACCCCUUUUCAGCCAAUCCAACUGGGUCCACGAAUGCCGCGCAGCCCCUCACAGAUCCGCCGGAGCCCGUCCAACGCCAGACCAGCCUGCCGAUCACCUACGCGCCGGUGGAGCCCACCUACAAACCGAUCGAACCCCAGCCCAAACCUCGCCAAUCCUCCUCGGCCCAUUCGUCGCUGUCGAAAAUGAAUCGGUCCGCCACUUACGGCAUGACCGGAGCUGAUUUCAUGGAGCGGAGAGGCUGGCAUGAACGGGAUGCGUAUGGGAAUCCACUGAAUCCGACCAAAAGUGGGAGCGGCAGAAAUGUGCUACGGUAUAUCCCGCACAAUGCGAGUGGGUACACUGAGGAAAAGGAGGAGAGGUGAGUUGGGAUGAGGGUUGUGCCGAUAGCUGGGGUUAGGCCGCAAAUCAGCUUACUAAAAUUUUGGCUUGCGCUUUGCAGUAGUAGCUGAGAUAUACGAUUCAGUCGAUGAAAGAGUACGAAAAAUGUGGAGAGCGGCUAGACAAAAAGUCUUUUUGCCAUAGUUUUGUGAACUAUCCCUCAAAAAAUUGGUUCUUAUAAGGUUUUUUUGCCACUGCCUACGCGUAAAAUUUUACACAGUUCUAGCCAAUCGUAGACAUAAAAUUCUCGGUUCUUGCUGCUAAAAAAUUUUAACCCCCUUAUCCAUCUGCUCGAUAUUUAUGCCCAGUUUCAUUGCAAUAUAUUCACCGCAGUUUCAUACUGUUUCCGGAAAUGUGGUGUACCAAAAUUUUAUUUUUAGCAACAUGACCUACAUCGUGCCAAUAAUCGUGCUAAUAAUCCUGCUUCUUAUCAUCAUCAUUUCACUCUUGAUCCUCUUUGCAACUGGUGGUAAGUUCAAAAAAAAAAUUAAUUUUCAUUUUGAUUGCUACGCUUUUCCAAAAGUGCAGAGAGUUUUUAUCGUUGAUGCACAGUCCAUUUGGACUUUGUUUCGCACUGUGCGGAUGUUUUUGAACGAUUUUGCACUGUGCUUUGUCGCGCGCUCAAAAAUCGCAGCGACACGAUUGAAAAGGGCAUGUGCGGAAGCGAUAUUUUGAAUGCAAGCGAAUUUGAAUGCACAGUGCAAAUUGCAAGUCAACGCGAAGAAGAGAAAAAAAGGGAAUUCUUUUGGGUUUUGUCACAAAUUCGAGAAAAAAUUUUUUUUGGGCCAACUUUUCAAAUGUCGGAGAAAAGUCUAGGUAAAUUUUUAAAAACCUUGAUUGUAUCAAUUUCCAAAAAAAGUGCUCCGUAUUUUACCGUUUAGUUCUCCAACUGGGCUCCUCCAAGCCUCCAUCGCCUCCUACCGACAACAAUCCUAUUGAUCCUCUCCCUCCCAAAGUGCAGCUAGUAAAUCGAACGUUUGAAUGCGAAUUUUUCAUUCUUGAUCAAGCAAAUGCCGCCUAUAAUGAUCCAACAAGUGUCGAGUACGAACAAGCAUCGACGAUCAUUCGAAAUGCGGUAGGAUUGGAGAUGAUUUGUAGGUAACACGCAAUGUUUUCAGCUAAAUACACUGAUCGCACAAUCAACGAUACGAGAUUUGACACCGAGUUUGCAGAUGGAAAGGUUGACCAAUGUGUGAGUUUAGUUAUAAGUGGUAGAGUAAAAGUACAGGCGCACGUCUAUCCAAAAUAGAAGAAAAAAAUUUCUCGCCCCUUUUUGGUGAUUCGUUCAAAACGAAGUGUCACUACCCGAUAAAACGCAUUUUCUUAUCUUUCUUCUUCCUUUUCGAGAAAGAGCAAUUAUUCCGGGCAAGAAACAGUGCCGAUAAUUUCGCUACAUUUCGCCUCUCUUUUAAAAUCAAUGAAAACGAUGCGAAGGGUUCAGGAAAUGCGCUGGAUUGACGUGAGGCGAGGCAUUUGCGAGAUUCGUACGCCAGGCUUCGCAGAAAGCACCGUGAUUUUACGGUCGCAAAAUUUGAAAAAAUUGGGCCUAUCGCUAUGUAAUAUCCACACAAAGUGAACCCUUAUUUCAGCGGGAACGAUCUCCGAGUUCCCUUCCGUCUGACGUUAAUCGUUUACUCCAACAGUCAGCUUACCGCCGAGUCAAUCAAAAAUGUCAUCCUCAGCGAGUUGACCCUUCUGGAGGCCCAACUCAACUACACAUUCGUUGAUCGGACAAGGGUGAAUGUUCGAACGCUCAACUAA